AUGCUCCGCCGCCCGCCCACCGUCCUGUCCGUCACGGCCGAGGACAUCGCCGCCUACGAAGACCGCCAGGAGCGCGCCGCCUUCCGCGCCGCCACCCAGCAGGGCUACCAGCAGCACCACCCACAGCAGCAGCAGCGGUUCGUCGACGCGGGCGGCUUCUCCUCGUCGGACAAUGACUUCGUCUCCGACGACGAGGCCAUGCUCGACGCCUUUGACGGCCAGCAGCAACAGCACCAGCAGGCACAGGCACAGGCACAGGCACAGGCACAGGCACAGGCACAGGUCGCGGCCAUGCGCGGCGCGAUACAGCAGGUCCAGCAGGUCCCGGGGAUGCAGACGCCCACGCCUGCGGGCCAGGGCUACGACGCCGGGCCGGGGCCGCAGGGCCGGAACAACAACAAUGGCGCACCAGAGCCGCAGGUCCCGCAGGCACCACAGCGUCAGCGGGCUGGUCGUGGCGCGCAGCCCCUACCUCAACAGCAGGCCCAGGGAAGGGGGCAGGCGGGUCCCGGCCAGGCCCAUGCCGGUGCGGCUGUCACGCCGGAGGGAAGGGUAACGCGCUCUCGCGACGAGAGGAUAGGGAUUGCGCGCGGGGCGGGUCGCCGGUGA